AUGACUGUUCCCAGAAUCCUCUGUGUGGCAGAGAAGCCUGCCAUCGCCAAAGCGGUUGCUCAACAUUUAUCAGGAGGAUCCAUGCGAACAAUAUCUAUACGCGGGAAUCAAUAUGUCAAGAAUUAUCUAUUCGAGUUCAAUUUUGGUGACCCUUGGGGCACCUGCUCGGUCACCAUGACCAGUGUCUUGGGACAUCUGAUGGCCCUUGACUUUGAGAGCCAAUACAAAGGAUGGCAAUCCUGUCCCCCGGGGUCACUUUUUGAAGCCCCUGUCCAUGAAUAUGUGGAAACUGACAAGCAACCAAUCGCAGAGAAUAUACGGGAUCAAGCCAGAGCCUCCAAGGCUCUAUUUAUCUGGACUGAUUGUGAUCGAGAGGGAGAGCAUAUCGGUACCGAAGUCCGCCUGCAGGCCAAAAAAGGCAAUGGGCGUAUUCUCGUCAAAAGAGCUCGGUUCAGCAACACGGAAAGGGCGCAUGUCCUGCGCGCUGCUCGAGCCCUCAUCGAUGUAGAUGAGAACCAAGCCAAUGCGGUUGCGGCUAGAAUUGAACUCGACCUUCGGAUUGGCGCUGCAUUUACCCGUCUGCAAUGUCUUCAGCUGAAACCACUCUCGGCUGCUCUAACUGAUAAAAUUAUUAGCUAUGGAUCAUGCCAAUUUCCUACAUUGGGAUUUGUGGUUGACCGGUACUUACGGGUGAAGAAUUUCAAGCCAGAGACCUUCUGGGGUAUCAAAGUGAUGCACGUCCAGGAAGGCAUGAAAGUCAACUUUCUAUGGAGAAGAGUUCAUCUCUUUGAUCGAGCUGUUGUGACAGUAAUGAUGGAGAGAUGUCUGCUGGCGAAAAAAGCCAAAGUCACCAAAGUCAAUCAAAAGCCUACUAGCAAAUGGAGACCCCUGCCUUUGACGACUGUGGACUUGCAGAUGAUGGGUAGUAGAUACCUCCGCAUGGACAGUCAGAAGGUCAUGAGGAUUGCAGAAGCCCUCUACACCAAAGGAUUCAUCAGCUACCCUCGCACAGAGACUGAUCAGUUUGAUAAAGGCAUCGAUUUGAAGAAAUUGAUCGAAAAGCAAUUCCCGGAUGGUAACUGGGGUGAUUAUGCCCGAGGCCUCAUCAAUGGUGCUUUUAAAACACCUCGAUCCGGCAAGAACAAUGAUCAGGCGCAUCCACCUAUCCACCCGGUUUGCUGGGUUUCACCGUCUGCCCUGAGCGCCGACGAAAAGAAGGUAUACGAGUUUGUGGUGCGGCGAUUCCUUGCUUGUUGCUCCGACGAUGCAAAAGGCCAGGCGACCGAAGUCGAAAUCCAAUACGGCGAAGAGAUGUUCCAUGCAAACGGCCUGAUUGUUCUUGAGAAGAACUACCUGGAGGUCUACGUAUACGAUAAGUGGGAGAGCAGCCAGGAGCUCCCCAACUUCCGCGAUGGGGAACUCUUUGAGCCAACAGAAGCAAAAAUCUUCGAAGGCAAGACAACACCUCCGAAUUAUUUGACCGAGCCAGAGCUCAUUGGCCUCAUGGACGCCAACGGAAUCGGCACGGACGCCACUAUGGCAGAGCACAUUGCCAAAAUCAAGGACCGCGAAUAUGUGGCCGUUCAUUCACGAGGCAGUGGGCGGAACGCCGUAAAGGAAUUCAUCCCUACUCGCCUGGGCAUUGCCCUAGUCGAGGGCUACGACAACGUCGUUGCUCAUUUGCCAGAUAAGCCGUCCCUGAGCAAGCCUUUUCUGCGGAAGGAGAUGGAGCUCCGUAUGCGGGAAAUCUGCGCAGGCUCAAAGACACGACAGGAGGUGGUCCAGGAGAGUCUGGAUAUGUACCGUGAGGUCUUCAUCCAGACCCAGCGACGAAUCCAUAUGUUGAAGGACGCAUGUCGGAAAUAUCUGGUUGAGACGGCGAGUGUGUAA